AUUGUUAUUCUGUUCCAUGAUUGGUUUAGAUUUCUUCGCCUAGCAUGCAAACUAGAACGCAUGCUCAGUUCUUUUCUCCGCCUUUCUCUUUCGAGUAGGUGGUAUAAUUGGGGUAGGUGGUCCAUGGGUCAGUGGUCCCAAUUCCCCCUGCCAGAAUUACCUUUCCCCUAGUUUCCCGGUACUUUUGGCAAUUCCAAAUGGUUCUUCACAGUUCACUGACUGCACUAGUAAUAUAUCAGUUAAACUUCAGCUUUUAACAAUCACAGCCUACUUAUCAGACAAAGGUACAUUAUUUAGAUAUUUCCUGCCUCGCCUUAGACCCACGGGGGUAGGGCUACACAAUGGACUUCUGCAGCAGCACAACGGCUUGAUUCAUGUCACAUGUUACACUGGCUUUUACUGUAACACCAGGACAUGGUGGAGCCACCGGACCCCUGUCUCAGGGUGGCCGGUGCAGCGCAGCGUGGCCGGGGGACGGUGCAGCAUGGCCGGGGUGCCAUGGGUGCCUGUCAGGGUCCUGGCCUCCCUGCUGCUCUGGGCAGCUGCGGUGGAAGCAGCCACCGGGCGGUGGUGUGAGCGGAUGGUGCAGGUGACAGCAGAGGAGGAGGUGACGCCGCGGCGUGAGGACGUGGUACCCUGCUCCAGCCUCUACCACUACAGCCUGGCGGGCUGGCACAUCGACCAGGACCGCAUGCGCCAGGCCUACGGCGGGGACCGCGGCGAGCCCCACCGCGAUGCCCAGCCUGGCUCCAGCACCCCCCUCUGCUACAUCUACAGACCCCCGGAGAUGCGGCCGGUGGUGUGGAACCGCACGCUGCGCGCCUGCUGCCAGGGCUGGAGCGGGCCCCACUGCACCGAAGGUGAAGGCUCGCUGGGGCACUGCUACGGCACGUGGCAGUGCCAGGAUGACGCCAGCAGCCGCAACCUCUCCGCAAUGAGCCUGGCUGAGUGCUGCCAGCACCCGUGGGGGCACAGCUGGAGGAAUGGCUCCACCGCGCCCUGCCUCGCCUGCACCAGCCUGCCCCUCGCCGAUGAUGCGUCCCCGCAGCCGUCACUCGCCAUGUCCCUGCGGGGAGCGGCCACCCGGCACCGGGGUCCCUCAGCCGGCUGCCUCACCUGGGCCGGAUCCCGCUACCGCACCUUCGACGGGAGGCACUUCCACUUCUCCGGCGAGUGCACCUACAGCCUGGCUGCUGCCGCCACCGGCACCUGGGCCAUCUCCAUCGCUGCUGGCAAUCCCCGGGCACUGCACAUGACCUUCGGGAUGGACACGGUGGUGAGCCGGGGCCGAAACGUCUCCGUGAACAGUGUGGCGGUGCCGGAGGGACAGCCGUACCUGCACAACGGGAUCAGCGUCACGUGGCGGGGUGACUGGGUGGCUGUGGCGAGCGGGCUGGGUGUGCGGGUGACCUCGGACGGGCGCCAGGCAGUCACCGUGACGGUCGAUGCCGAGCUGUGGGGCAGCACGCGGGGGCUCUGCGGCCCCUACAACGACGACCCUGCCGAUGACUUCCUGCAGCCGGGGGGGGACACGGCCCCCUUUGCCGCCAGCUUUGGCAACUCCUGGAAGAUCCUGGACGCCAGCGCAGAGUCCGCCUGCAGGGACGCAGCAGAGCUCGGCGCCGGCUGCGCGGUGGGUGACACGGCACGGCGGGCAGCUGAGGCCGUCUGCAGGAAGCUGCUGGCCGAGCCCUUCCACCAGUGCCACGGCAAGGUCAACCCUGACGGCUUUUACACGGCGUGCCUGGAGGUGCUGUGCCGGGAGGGGGACGCUGGGCCCUCACCGCCCGCCGCCGUCUGCGACACCUUUGCCGCCUAUGCACGGGACUGCGCCCAGCACCAAACCUACAUCGACUGGCGCCGGCCAGGCUUCUGCGAGCGGCGGUGCGGCGCGGGGAAGCGGUUCUCGGACUGCGUCUCCUCCUGCCCUGCCAGCUGCGCAGCCGUGGGCAGCGCCGAGGAGGGGCUGUGCCGUGAGGACUGUGUCGGUGGCUGCGAGUGUGCGCCAGGGCUCUACCAGGAUGGGGGGCUCUGCGUCCCCCCGAGCGCCUGUCCCUGCCACCACCGCCGCCAGCGCUACGCCCCGGGCCAGAGCAUCCACCAGCGCUGCAACAAGUGCACGUGCCAGGGCGGGCAAUGGCUCUGCAGCCAGGACCGGUGCCCGGGGGAGUGUGCGGUGCUGGGGGGCCGCCACUAUGUCACCUUCGACCGCCGGCGCUUCUCCUUCCUGGGCGCCUGUGCCUACACCCUGGUGCAGGACUUCGUGGAGGGGCAGCUGCUGAUCACAGCCGAGCACGAGGCUUGCGAUGGCCGCCAGCCCCUCAGCUGCCUCCGGUCCCUCUCCGUCAGCACCCGCCGGACCUCCGCCCGCCUCCGUGGCACAGGCGAAGUGACGGUGGGCGAGCAGGAGGUGACGCUGCCCUUCACCAGCACCGAGCUGAGCGUCCGCCGGGCAUCCUCCUCCUUCCUGCUGCUCCAGACCUUCGGGGCCCACGUCCUCUGGGGGCUGGAGACCCCCGCCACCUACAUCACCCUCCAGCCCGCCUUCGCCAACAAGGUGCGGGGGCUCUGCGGCACCUACAACUGGAACCAGCAGGAUGAGUUCACCACACCGGCAGGUGACGUGGAGACCGGUGUCGCCGCCUUCGCCAACAAGUACCGGGCAUCCAGUGACUGCCCCAUGCUCAGCCCCUUCCCCCUGAAGCCCUGCAGCACCUUCGCCGGGCGGCGGGAGCUCGCCGAGGCUGCCUGCGCUGUCCUGCACAGCCCGCCCUUCCAGCCCUGCCACCAGGUCGUGGAGCCAGAGCCCUUCCUCCAGCUCUGCCUGCACGACGCCUGUGCCUGCCGGGGCGGGCAGCGCUGCCUGUGCCCUGCGCUGGCUGCCUACGCCCGGCAGUGUGCCCAGGAGGGAGCUGUGCUCUCCUGGAGGAACCAGACCUUCUGCGGCGUGCCAUGUGGCGGGGGGCAGCUGUACCUGGAGUGUGGCCAUCCCUGCGGCCGGACCUGCGCCGACCUGCGCCUGGACGGGGCUGGCUCCUGCCCUGACCUGGAUGGGCUCUGCGUCCCCGGCUGCAACUGCCCCGCCGGGCUGGUGCUGGCUGAGGGUGGGCAGUGCGUCCCGCCGGGCGCCUGCCCCUGCCGCCAUGGUGCCGAGCUCUACGCUCCUGGCAGCCAGAUCCACCGGGGCUGCAACGCCUGUGUCUGCACUGGUGGGUCCUGGCGCUGUGCCGAAGCCCCCUGCCCCGCGGCUGCCCUCUGCCCUGGGGAUCUGAUUCACGCCCCGGGGUCCUGCCUGCGCCGCUGCGACAGCGCCGAGCCCAACGGCACCUGCUCUGGCAUCACCGAUGGCUGCGUUUGUCCCCCCGGCACCCUCUUCCUGGACGGGCACUGCGUGUCCCCGGAGGAGUGUCCCUGCCACCACGGUGGGCGGCUGUACCGGCCCAACGACACCAUCGUCCGGGACUGCAACACCUGUGUGUGCCGGCAGCAGCGCUGGCACUGUGGCCGGGAGGAGUGCGCGGGGACCUGCACGGCCACGGGGGACCCCCACUACGUCACCUUCGAUGGGCGAGCCUUCUCCUUCCUGGGGGACUGCGAGUACCUGCUGGCGCGCGAGACGGCCGGCCUCUUCGCCGUCACCGCCGAGAACGUCCCCUGCGGCACCAGCGGCGUCACCUGCACCAAGUCGGUGGUGGUGGUGAUGGGCAACACCGUGGUGCACAUGCUGCGGGGGAGGGAUGUGACAGUGAACGGCGUCUCGGUCAGACCCCCCAAAGUCUACAGCGGGACCGGGCUGACGCUGGAGCGCGCCGGCCUCUUCCUCCUCCUCCUCUCCCGCCUGGGGCUGGCGGUGCUCUGGGAUGGAGGCACACGGGUGUACAUCCGGCUGGAGCCGCAGCACCGGGGCCGUGUGGCCGGGCUCUGCGGGAACUUCGACGGCGACGCCGAGAACGAUUUUGCCAGCCGGCAAGGGGUGCUGGAGCCCACCGCCGACCUCUUCGGCAACUCCUGGCGCCUCAGCCUGCUCUGUCCCGAGGUCGACAGCACCGACACACGGCACCCCUGCACCGAGAGCCCUCACCGGGCGACGUGGGCCCGCCGGCGCUGCAGCAUCCUCCGCCAGCGGCUCUUCGCGCCGUGCCACGAGGCGGUGCCGUGUCAGCGCUUCUACGACUGGUGCGUCUUCGACGCCUGUGGCUGCGACUCCGGGGGGGACUGCGAGUGCCUGUGCACGGCCAUUGCCACCUACGCCGAGGAGUGCGGCCGGCACGGCAUCCACAUCCGAUGGAGGAGCCAGGAGCUGUGCCCCCUGCAGUGUGACCGGGGGCUGGAGUACAGCGCCUGCGGCCCCCCCUGCCCCCCCACCUGCCACAGCCUCGGACAGGAGCCCCCCGAGCACUGCCAGGACCUGUCCUGCCUGGAGGGCUGCUUCUGCCCCCCAGGGAGGGUCCUGCAUGAUGGCGGCUGCAUCGAGCCCACCAAGUGCCCGUGUUUCUGGGACGGCUUCGCCUUCCCUGCCGGUGCCGCGGUGCAGCAGGGCUGCAAGAACUGCACGUGCGUGGCGGGUCGGUGGCAUUGCCAGUCCUCGCCGGAGCCCUGCCUGGCUGAGCCACGCUGCGCCGAGUGGGAGUUCGCCUGCCGUAGCGAUGGGCGCUGCGUGCCGGGCGCCUGGGUCUGCGACAACGAGGAAGACUGCGGGGAUGGCUCGGACGAGGUCUGCGCCCCACGCUGCGCCCCACACGAGCACCGCUGCGCCAGCGGGCAGUGCCUGGCCUGGGGCACCCGCUGUGACGGUGUGCCCGACUGCCCCGACGGCUCCGACGAGAGCGGCUGCCCGCCCUCCGCCUGCGUCCCCCCCGAGUUCGGCUGUGCCAGCGGCCGCUGCCUCCCCCCGGAACGCGUCUGUGAUGGGGAGCUGGACUGCGGCUUUGCGGACGACUCGGACGAGGCAGGCUGCAGCCCGAGCUGUGAAGCUGGCGAGUUCCGCUGCACGGUGGGCCGGUGCGUGCCGUACCCUCACCGGUGCGACGGCAGCGACGACUGCGGCGACUUCAGCGAUGAGCGCGGCUGCGUCUGCCCCCCUGGCCACUUCCAGUGCCCGGACGCCCAGUGCCUGCCCCCGUCUGCCGUAUGCGACAGCCACCGCGACUGUGCCAACAGCACCGAUGAGGCCUUCUGCCCAGACCGGUUGACCUGCGCCCCCGGGCAGCUCCCCUGCCCUGACGGCUCCUGCGUUGGUGAGGCCACAGUCUGCGACGGUGUCCGCGACUGCCAGGACGGCUGGGACGAGAGCCCGGCGGCGUGUGCGGCGGCACUGCCCGCUGCCGUGCCCACCACACCCGCCAACGCCUCGGAAGCACCAGCGUGUGGCCCCUACGCCUUCGCCUGCGGGAGCGGGGAGUGCGUGCCGCGGGGCUGGCUCUGCGACGGCGAGGCCGACUGCCACGACAGCAGCGAUGAGCUGGGCUGCGCCGGCGGCUGUGAGCCCGGACACUUUCCCUGCGCCCACGGCACCGACUGCGUCCCCUACGGCCACCUCUGCGACGGCGUCCCCCACUGCCGCGACCGCUCUGACGAGAGCACUGACCACUGCGGCUCUACCGCCAUCCCACCAUGCCCGGGGCACUUCGCCUGCGAUGACGGCGUGUGCCUCAACACGUCGAGGGUCUGCGACGGUGCCGCCGACUGUCCCCGGGGCGAGGACGAACUGGCCUGUGAGGGUCACCUCCCCGCCAGCGGGAGCAACCGGACGGGGGGUCCCUGCGCCGAAUACGACUGCGGAGGGGGCGAGUGCGUCGCCUUCCAGCAGGUGUGCGACGGCGUGCCGGACUGCGGGGCCGGGGGGGGGCCGCCCCAGGAUGAGCAGGACUGCGGGGUCUGGGGGCCCUGGGGGCCCUGGGGUGCCUGCACCCACUCCUGCGGCCCCGGUCUGCAGCGGCGCGCGCGGGGCUGCCGCCAGCACCAACCCGGCGUGCUGCACCGGUGCCGCGGCCAGGCCGCGCAGGAGCAGCAGUGCUUCACCAUCGCCUGUCCUGUGGACGGCUCCUGGAGCGAGUGGGCGACCUGGUCCAACUGCACGGGGGGCUGCGGUGGGGUGCGGCUGCGGCAGCGGGACUGCCAGCCCCCCCAGAACGGCGGCCGCCACUGCACCGAGCUUCCCGGCACGUCCCCCGCCACACUCGAAAUGGGUGCCUGCGAGCCGGGGGGCUGCCCCAACGCCUCCACCUGCCCGGGGGGGCUGCGGCCCCAGCCCUGCGCUCCCUGCCCCGCGUCCUGUGCCGACCUCGCCGCCAGCACCGAUUGCCGGCAGGACCGGCCAUGCAGUCCAGGGUGCUGGUGCGCGGCGGGGCUGGUGCUGGAUGCCGGCAGCGGCCGGUGCGUGCGCCCACGGGAGUGCCCCUGCCAGGCCGGGGGGCUGCGGUACCGGCCGGGGCAACUGGUGAAGGUGAACUGCCGCCUCUGCACCUGCCUGGACGGGCAACUGCGGCGCUGCCGCCAAAACCCUGACUGCACCGUGCACUGCGGCUGGUCGGCGUGGUCGGCGUGGGGCGAGUGCCCGGGGCCCUGCGGCACCCAGAGCGUCCAGUGGUCCUUCCGCAGCCCCACCAACCCCAGCCGGCGAGGCGGCGGCCGGCACUGCCACGGCAUCUACCGCAAGGCCCGCAGGUGCCAGACGGCGCCGUGCCGGCAGUGCCAGUACGAGGGCCAGCGGCGUGCCCCCGGCGAGCGCUGGCGUGGAGGGCCCUGCCGCGUCUGCCAGUGCCUGCCCAGCCUGGCCGUCCGGUGCUCACCCUACUGCCCCCGCCGCGCCACCGGCUGCCCCCAGGGCCAGGUGCUGGUGGAGGGCCGCGGGGACUCCUGCUGCUACUGCGCCCCGGCGGGUGACAACGCAACGGCCGUCCUCCCAACGCUGACGGCGGAGCCCCCCUCCACCAUGCCGGCAGAGCCCCCCAGCAGCCCCCUCCUCACCUUCCCGCUGCCUCCCCUCGGCGAUCCCUGCUACCGCCCGCUGGGCAUCGCCUCCCUGCCGGACAGCAGCUUCACCGCCUCCUCGGAGCAGGCAGGGACCCCUGCCCACGCUGCCCGCCUGCACGGCGGCGACCCCGGGCAGGAGCUGCGGGGCUGGGCCCCCCCGGAUGAUGCCUACCCUACGCUGCUCUCCGACCCCCCCUUCCUGCAGCUGGACCUGCUGGAGCCCACCAACAUCACCGGGGUGGUGGUGCAAGGAGCCGGCUCCUCCGACGCCUUCGUCACCGCCUUCCUGCUGCGGUUCAGCACCGACGGCGCCCGCUGGCACCGCUACCGAGAGGUCCCCGCCGGCGGCUGGCCCGAGGCCAAGCUCUUCCAGGGUAACUGGGACGCCGGCACGCCGGUGGUGCGGCUGCUGGGACGCAUGGUGCAGGCACGGCUCGUCCGCAUCCUCCCCCAGGACUUCCACAACCGCAUCGUCCUGCGCGCCGAGCUGCUGGGCUGCCCCCCAGUGGCCCCUGCCCGGCUCGGGGCAGUGACGGUGAUGCCGGUGCCGAUGCCGGUGCUGCCAAGCCAGCGUCCCUGCGGCGUGGGCGAGUUCCAGUGCGGGAACGGGGGCUGCGUCCCCGGGGGUCCCCACGGCGCCCUGUGCGACGGCGUCGAUGACUGCGGUGACCUCUCGGAUGAGCUGAGCUGCGGGCUGGCCCCCCCGGCGACCCCCUCAGUGCCCGGGCUGUGCCCCCCAUCCCACUUCGCCUGCCCAGGCUCCGGCAGCUGCCUCCCGGUAUCCCAGAGGUGCGACGGCAUCGCCGACUGCCCCGACGGAGCCGAUGAGGCCAGCUGCGAGACCCCCGCUAGCACCAGCCCCGCGGCCCCUGUGGCAGCCGGUGUCCUGCUGCCGACCACCCGGCCACCAUCGGUGCCCACGGCCGCGGCGUCCCCAGGGACGGGCACCCGGCUGCCCCCCAAAGGCACCAAGCCAACCCCCCCAGGACCAGCCCUGCCCCGGCUGCUCUGCCCGCGGGGCCAGUUCUCCUGCGGGGUGCUGGGCUGCCUGGAUGCGGCCCUGGUCUGUGAUGGGCACCAGGACUGCCUGGACGGCUCGGAUGAGGAGCACUGCGGUGGCCCCCCCACCUCCGCCAGCCCCACGGCCUGGCCCCCACACACAGGCGGGGCCCCCCCCACCUGCCCCCCCAAGCAGUUCUCCUGCGGCAGUGGGGGCUGCCUGCCCCCCGAGAAGCGCUGCGACCUGCACCCCGACUGCCCUGACGGCUCCGACGAGCACAGCUGCGCCGACUGUGUCCUGUCCCCUUGGGGCGGCUGGGGUCCCUGCAGCCGCUCCUGCGGGCUGGGGGUCACCCUGCGCCGGCGGGCCCUGCUGCGGGGGGCCCUGCCCGGGGGGGGCUGCACCCGCCCCCGCCUCGACACCCGCGCCUGCUUCCUCCGUGCCUGUCCAGUGCCCGGCGGGUGGGCGGCCUGGGGGUCCUGGUCCCCGUGCGACGCCGAGUGUGGGGGGGGCAUGCGAAGCCGAGUGCGGAGCUGCAGCGACCCCCCGCCCAAGAACGGGGGGCAGCCCUGUCCCGGGGGCACCCUCCAGACCCAGCCCUGCAACCUGCAGCCCUGCGGGGACCCCUCAGCCUGCAGCCCCCAGAUGGUGUUUGUGCGGGCGGGGGACUGCGAGGGGGGGCGGGUGCCCCCCUGUCCCCAGACCUGCGGGGACCUGAGCGCCAACGGCACCUGCCCGAGCCCCUGCCAGGAGGGCUGCCGGUGCCCGCCGGGGCUGUACCUGCAGGACGGCGGCUGCGUCAACGCCAGCCAGUGCCGGUGCCACCUGCCCCAGGAGCACCGGCUGCCCGGCGAGGUUUUCCUGCGGGGCUGCCGCCGAUGCGUGUGCCGGGAUGGGACGGUGACGUGUGAGGACGUGGCCUGUGCCGUGGACUGCGGCUGGUCGGCCUGGUCGCCCUGGACCCGGUGUGAUGGCGGCUGCGGCGCAGGGACGCAGGAGAGGUUCAGGUCACCCUCCAACCCCGCGGCAGCCGGCGGCGGAGCCCCCUGCGCCGGGGAGGCACGGGAGGUGCGCGAGUGCCACGAGGCCUGCGGCACCGAGCCCGACACCGGCUGGAGCGCCUGGACGCCCUGGUCCGAGUGCUCCGCUCCCUGCGGCGCCGGCGAGCAGAGGCGGCACCGGGUCUGUGCACCCCCGGAGCACGGGGGGCCCGACUGCGCCGGCCCCCACGUCCAGACGCGGGACUGCAACACCCGACCCUGCCGAGCGCGGUGCCCAGGGGACAUGGUCUACCGGACGGCGGAGGAGUGCAGGCGUGGCGGUGGGCCCUGCCCGCGGCUCUGCCUGGACCUGGGCACGGGCGUGGAGUGUGCCGCGCUUUGCCACGACGGCUGUGCCUGCCCGGCUGGGCUACUGCUGCAGAACCAGAGCUGCGUGCCAUCCGGCCACUGCCUCUGCUACCACCGCGGCCGCCUCUACCAGCCCGGCGACACCGCGGCCCUCGACGCCUGCAACAACUGCACCUGCAUGGCCGGGGCGAUGGUGUGCGGCACGGAGCCCUGCCCAGAGGCGCCGUGGGGUGCGUGGUCGCCGUGGGGCGCGUGGUCCCCGUGGGGGCCCUGCAGCGUCUCCUGCGGCGGGGGCGAGCGGCUGCGCCGGCGGCAGUGCCACGAGCCGGUGUGCCCGGGGCUGGGCCUGCAGAGCCAGAUCUGCAACACCCAGGUGUGCCGGGAGGCGGGCUGCCCGGCGGGACGGCUGUACCGCGAGUGCCAGCGCGGCGAGGGCUGCCCCUACAGCUGUGCCCACCUGGCCGGCCGGGUGGGCUGCUUCUGGGGGGGCUGCCAGGAGGGCUGCCACUGCCCCCCCGGCACCUACCUGCACCGCGGCGCCUGCGUCUCGGAGUGUCCCUGCGUGCUGACGACCGAGCUCCUGUGGGAGCUGCACAACGGCUCCGCCGCCCCCUCGGCCCCCCCGGGCCUGGGCACCCACAGCCCCCCCCUCGCGCCGGGCCAGGAGCUGCCCCCCGGCAGCACCAUCCACACGCCCUGCACCAACUGCACCUGCCUGCACGGCCGCCUGCGCUGCUCGGAGCCGGGGUGCCGGUGGGCCGGGGGGUUCGGGCCCUGGGGCCCCUGGAGCCCCUGCUCGCCCAGCUGCGGGGGGCUGGGGCUGAUGACCCGCCGGCGGGCCUGCGGGGACCGGGGCUGUGUGGGACCCCGCACCGACAGCAAGUUCUGCCGGAGCCCCGACUGCCCCGCGAUGACCACCCCCCUGCCAGAGCCCGGACCCACCGCCCCAGGCGCUGAGGAAGAGGGGGGCUUUGGCCCCUGGUCUCCCUGGACCCCCUGCUCCAAGACCUGCACCCACCCCGAGGCGCCGGCCACCAAGAGCCGCAGCCGCCCCUGCAGCAGGGUGGGGGGCUGCAGCGGGGACAGCGUCCAGCAGCACGUCUGCAACCUGCCCCACUGCGCAGCCGUCCCCCCCUGCCUGGACGAGUCCUGUGCCGAACGGGAUUGCCGGUGGACGCCGUGGGGGCCGUGGGGCGGCUGCUCCCGCAGCUGCGGCGGGGGGCUGCAGCUCCGCCUGCGUGCCUACACCCCCCCCGGGCCGGGGGGCCGCUGGUGCCCCGACAUCCUCAGCGCCAACACCCAGCACCGCUUCUGCAACCUGCAGGCCUGCAAGGUGGACGGCGCAUGGUCGGUCUGGAGCCCCUGGUCGCGAUGUGACCGGACGUGCGGGGGGGGUCGCUCUGUCCGCAGCCGCUCCUGCACCCGGCCCCCCCCAAAAAAUGGGGGGCAGCCCUGCCCUGGCGAGCGGCACCACCUGCGCCUCUGCAAUGCCCGGCCCUGCGGGGAGGGCUGCCCGCCCGGCAUGGCGCUGGUGGCCUGUGCCAACCGCUGCCCGCGGCACUGCCGGGACCUGCAGGAGGGCCUGGCCUGCGGGCAGGAGCAGCGCUGCCAGCCCGGCUGCCGCUGCCCCAACGGCACCCUGGAGCAGGACGGGGGCUGCGUGCCCCCCACCCACUGCGAGUGCACGGACGCGGCGGGGCACAGCUGGGUGCCGGGGAGCCGCUACCGCGACGGCUGCAACAACUGCACCUGCGUGGGGGGCCGCCUGCGCUGCACCCCCCAGGGCUGCCCCCCGCCCCCCUGCCAGUGGAGCCGCUGGAGCCGCUGGACACCCUGCAGCGUCACCUGCGGGGACGGGCAACAGGCUCGCUUCAGGACCCCCAGCCCAGACUCGGGGGAUGGCGAGUGCCAGGGGGUGCAGGAGCAGAGCCGGGGGUGCGCGGCGGGGCCCUGCCCGCCCCUCUGCCUGCAGGCGGGCGGCGAGAGGCGCCUGGGCGAGAGCUGGCCGCAGGGCGAGUGCCAGCGAUGCACCUGCACCCCCGAGGGCACCCAGUGCCAGGACAUCCCCUGUGCCGGGUUGGGGGGCUGCGCCUGGGGCCCGUGGAGCCCCUGCUCCCACUCCUGCGGCACCGGCCUGACCACCAGGGAGGCUGCCUGCCCCUGCCCGUCCCCCGGCGCUGCCUGCAACCACAGCCACGGCUUCGGCACACGCCGCGAGGUGGAGGCGUGUUACCUGCGCCCCUGCCCAGCUGCCUGUCCCUGGAGCCCCUGGAGCCCCUGGAGCCCCUGCUCCUGCCAGGCCCCGCGGCAGCACCGGCACCGGCACCGGCAGGGCCCCGUGGGCUGCGUGGGGCUGGACGGGCAGAGCCGUGCCUGCAACACCUCGGGGUGCUCGGAGGCCAGCUGUGCUCCCCCCUUCGAGUACCGGCCCUGCGGCCCCCCCUGCGCCCAGCUCUGCUCCAGCCUGCAGCACCCCGAGCUCUGCCCGCAGCCACCCCCCUGCCUGCCUGGCUGCGCCUGCCCGCAGGGGCUGCUGGAGCAGGCCGGGGGCUGUGUGCCCCCCACGCAGUGCGACUGCCUGCACCCCGGGGGGCCCGGCAGCCCCCAGACCCUGGCUGCCAGUGACACCGUCCUGCUGGGCUGCGCGGAGUGCGUGUGCCGGAACGGGACCCUGCACUGCAGCAGCCAGGGCUGCCAGGGGCUGCUGCCGCUGAGCCCCUGGUCGGAGUGGGCGCCCUGCGGCCCCUGCCUGCCCCUGCCCGCGCUCGGCCCCGGCACCCUCACCCAGCUGCUGGCCCAGCCGGGGCGGUGGUGGCCAGCGGAGGGGACGCCGGCGGGGGUCUCGGCCCUGGCCGCGGUGCAGCAUCGCUACCGAACCUGCCUGGACCCCCAGACCGGGCUGCCCUGGGCCGGCGGCAGGGCCGUCUGCUCGGCUGAGCUGCGGCAGGAGCGACUCUGCCCAGACCCCCACGUCUGCGAAGACCUCUGCCUCUGGAGCCCCUGGGGGCCCUGGGGGCCCUGCCAGGACCCCUGCAGCGGGGGCUACCGCCUGCGCCGACGGCAACCCCAGCACCCGGCUGGCGGCCGGCAGUGCCGCGGUGCCCACUCCCAGACCGAGAGCUGCAACACCGCUGCUUGCCCAGGGGAGGCGUGCGAGGAGAGGGGAAGAGCCUUCGCCGCGUCCUGCGCCAACGGCUGCCCCCGUGCCUGCGCCGACCUCUGGCCCCACGUCGAGUGUCUGCAGGGGCCCUGCCAGCCGGGGUGCCGGUGCCCUCCGGGGCAGCUGCUGCAGGACGGGGCGUGCGUGGCCAUCACCGAAUGCCGCUGCGGGCUGCCCGCCGCCAACAGCAGCCGGGAGCUCCGGCCGGGACAGGUGGCAGAGCUGGAGUGCCACAACUGCACCUGUGGGAAUGGGACCUUCGCCUGCCCAGCCCCGGCGUGUCCCUCCUAUGGGCCCUGGUCCCCGUGGGGACCCUGCUCCCGCAGCUGCGGCGCUGGCAACACCACCCGGCACCGCAGCUGCCAGGAGAGUGCCGGCGGGGUGCCCUGCAGUGCCGCCGGCACAAAGGAGACGGCUGAGUGCAACCCACAGCCCUGCCCCGCCGGCUGCCGGCUGAGCCCCUGGUCCCCGUGGAGCCCCUGCAGUGCCAGCUGCGGUGGGGGCAUCUCCGAGCGGCACCGGGAGCCGCUGCUGGUGCCGGGGGGCAGGGAGGAGCCGUGCACCCUCCUGCCGCUGCUGCUGCACCGCGUCUGCAACGCCCGCAACUGCUCGGCGGAGUGCCCCGGCGGGCAGGUGUACCAGGACUGCGCCAACGCCUGCCCCCACAUCUGUGCCCACCUCCGCCCGGGGACACGGUGCCUGCCAGAGAGCUGCCAGCCCGGCUGCGCCUGCCCACCCGGCCAGGUGCUGCAGGACGGAGCCUGCGUCCCCCCCGAGUUGUGCCGCUGCCGGCUGCCCCUCGCCCUGCCCGGGGCACACAACCUCUCGCAGGAGCAGCAGCAGCAGGAGUACGCGCCGGGCAGCCGCCUCCGGCACCGCUGCAACAGCUGCAUCUGCGUCCGCGGCACCUUCAACUGCUCCCAGGAGGACUGUAACGUGGACUGCCUGUGGUCCCCGUGGUCGCCCUGGUCCCCCUGCUCGGUGACGUGCGGGACGGGCGAGCGGCUCUCCCACCGGCACCCGCUCCGGCAGCGCCUCUACGAGGGGGCAGAGUGCCUGGGGCCCCCCACCCGCCGGACCCCCUGCAGCCUCCCCGACUGCCCCUGUCCGGCGGGGGAGCACCGGCAGGGCCCCGACGCACCAGCAGGCUGCGAGCGGAGCUGCCAGGACAUCUUCGGCGAGCCACCGCGUAACUGCAGCGAGUCCCCGGCCCCCGGCUGCACCUGCCAGCCUGGCCGAUACCGCAACGGCACCGGCCACUGUGUCCCGGCCGACCUCUGCGAGUGCCGGCACCGGGGGCAGCUCCACCAGGCUGGCAGCGAGUGGCAGGAGGAGUGCGAGACGUGCCGCUGCGUCAACGGGCAGGCUGCCUGCACCGCCGGCUGCCCCCCCCUCGCCUGCCCCGAGGGCGCGGUGAAGGUGCGGGAGCCGGGCAGCUGCUGCCCCGUGUGCCGGGAAGAGUGGCCGGAGGAGCCGUCCUCCACGUGCCGGCGCUUCACCGAGCUGCGCACCAUCGCCAAGGGGCCCUGCGCCCUGCCCGCCGUCGAGGUCAGCUACUGCGCCGGGCGCUGCCGCUCCCGCACCACCGUCAUCCCCGAGGAGCCGUACCUGCAGAGCCUCUGCGACUGCUGCAGCUACCGCCUGGAUCCCGGCAGCCCCGUCCGCGUCCUGCGCCUGCCCUGUCCCGGCGGCCGGACCGAGCCCGUGGUGCUGCCCGUCAUCCACAGCUGCCAGUGCAGCAGCUGCCAGGGUGGGGAUUUCUCCCGGCGCUGAGGAGCUCCCCCCCCCCGGGCACCCCUGGCCCAACGCCCCCCACCCCCGGCAGUGGCGGCCCCCCCCGGGAUGCUCCGGUGCUCCUGGUCCUGCCCCGGGCUGCAAUAAACCUGCAGGAGCAGCCCCUGCGUCUGG